AGUCACAACCUUGCAAAAAUCACUAAAAAAUUUAGAAAAUUUUCUGUUCCUUCAAUUUUUUGCGUUAGUGUAUUUAUUUUAUUUUAUUUAAACUAUGUGGUGUGAAGUAUACAGAUAAACUUAGGUACUACAGAGUAAUCUCGAGAACAAAACUUGAGACAUAAUAGUAUAUUUUGUUAUCAGUAUAGAAUCCAGCGCAUUAUUGUUGUGUAUGAUCUACUUAUAUUUCAUUGCAAAGUAGUAGAUAAAUUUACUUCGUUAUUAUAAUGGCUAACAUAUUUUGUGUCCAAUUGUUAUUUUUCUAAAAUAUUAAUGAACGAACAAAUUCAAAAAUCACUUGAAAAUCACAAGAAUUAUUCCAUUCGCGUUGUCCAUUACUGUAAAAGAAAGAAAUAUUUUUCUAAUAAGUAGACGAAGGAUAAGUGAAGUUAUGUAACAUUGCAAGCAUUAGACAUGCACUCAUACUUAAGCGCAACGAGUAAAUGAACUAUGUAUUUACUCGAGCGUUAAGAACUAGCAACAGCAAAGAACACAGUCAGUUUCUUCGGAAUCGGUGAUAUGAUCGCAGUGUAAAUGUCAAAUUACAACAGUUCUAUUGCAUUCAGCAGAAAAUGCAUUAAAAAUAAAGGUGUGGGUACAGGUAUACUCUAGUAUUCAGGUGUUAUUGACACUGACAGUGAAAGGUCCAUUCCGUUCACUAUAAAGAACAUUAAAUAUUUAUGUUAUUAUAAAUGUUUUCAUUUUUAAAAGUUUAUAAAUAAUAAUUCUAUAGAUCCGUGUUUUUUAAUUUAUCACAAAAAUAUGAAUAAAUUGGGACUGGUGAUAAAGGAAAUAAACUAGACGUUAAAUAAGUGAGUGAGUGAUUAAAAUAUUAAAAUUCAUAUAAAGUCAAAAUUUUCUAUACUAUAAAUAUAAAUUUAUUUUGUUCAGUUAAUUACGUUAUUGUUGAAUAGUGUAAGAUAAAAUUUCUAUUUUAUUUACUGUUAUUAGACAAAUAUUUAUUUUAGAUAAUUAUAUCACUGUUUUUAAAAAAUAAUUUUACUGCCGAAUAAUCCCAUUUUGACAAUAAUCAAUGCAAUAAACUAAACAUCAUAUUAAUGUAUUUUUUGUAGUAAUUUAGAUUUAUUGAAAAUCACCUGCAUUGCAUAGUUUUUAAAAAAAAAACAAACUUGCUUUUUUUAAUUUUAUUGAUUGAUAUUUAUUUGUGAGUUCGUGGCUGGGAAAUAAUUAAACAUAGCUUCCAUUACGAAGGCCCGUGACCUUCAAUUUCAACAACCUUUCUAUCAACUAAAGGAUACAAUCAAGGAUUAUUAAUAAUUCACUCACAAAUCGAUUCAGUUGCAUGAGCUUAUUUUUUUCUGUAGAAUCUUUUCAAUUUUACAAAGAAACAAGGAUCUAAUAAAAAAAAAUAUAUAUUCAUAUAUACAUUGAGUAAUAAAAAUUUACUAAAUAGUUGACGUAAGAAUAUAUAGUUGUUAAAAGAGAAAUUUUAAGUCUUUAUCGUCAGCAAAAAAUUUGCAACAUAUAUAGUUGUUAUUAGUACUCAAAUAUCAUCAUGUUUCAUUGGUCAUCACUAUUGCUGCUAGCAACUUUCAUUAGUGAUUCUCUAUCUCGUGAAGUGGAUUUGUGUUAUGUAAAUGAUGAUGACCCGUACCUCUACUUGGGUACAAAAACCGCCUACACUUUUGUUGGUGGAAGAACACGACUUCAACCGAUACCGAAUUGUCAACCAUUACAAGUCUGGACUAUUAUCAGACAUGGUGCUCAUUACCCGGGAACGGAUAAAAUAACAAAACUACGAUCCUUAUCUAAAUUUCGUGAUCAGAUAAUAGAGAAUCAUGAACAAAAAAAAACUGGACGUAUGUGCAAUCAAGAUUUGGACAACUUGAAAAUAUGGUCACCAGAUCCAAAUAUGAAAGAAGAAAAUGCAAAAAAAUUAACAAAGCAAGGUAUUGAAGAUAUAAAAAUUUUUGCUCGACGUCUUCAGUCUGAUUUUCCAGAACUUCUUCAGCCCACUUUUGCUGAUCUUACAUCACAAAACUAUGUGUUCAGAAAUUCAGGAAGUCAACGGACUCAAUCAAGUCUUGAUGCUUUUGUAGAAGAAUUUUUUAGUAAAGUUGGUGUUAGUACUGCAUUAUUAUCACAAAGUGAAGAUGCGUGGUUGAAGACGUACAAGAAUUGUUCUCGUGAGAAAGAUGGUGAUCAAAUAGAUUCUGAUAUAUUAGAAGAACGAUCUAAAUUUCUAAUGAGUCCCGAAUUUAUGAACGCUAUUCAGAAUAUUAGCAGCAGACUAGGUUUUAAAUAUAAUUUAUCACAAGAGGCUAUUUUUUUGAUGUACGAUAUGUGUCGGUAUGAAAAAUCGUGGGUCAUAACUCGAAUAUCUCCGUGGUGUGCGAUCUUCAGUGCAGAUGAACUUAAAAUUAUUGAAUACUCUGAGGAUAUUUAUUACCAUUAUGAAGCUGGUUCUGGGCGUGAUGUUAAUAAUCAACUAGGAUGUAUUCCAUUACAAGAUAUGUUUAAACAUUUUCAUGAAAUUGAAAAUGGUGAUGUUACUGACAAACCAAAAGGAGUUUUUCAUUUUACUCAUUCAAUGCUAAUGCUCAGUUUUUUGAAUUCAAUUGGUAUAGGUAAAGAUGAACAGCCACUUUUAUCAACAAAUUAUAAGGAAAUGACUAGACGUCAUUGGAGAACAUCAUUUUUAGGACCAUUUAAUUCUAAUCUUGUUGCUGUAUUUUACAGAUGCAAUGACAAAACCUCACCAAAUCAGGUAAUGUUCUAUUUACAAGAAAAACCCCUGCAGUAUGAGGGAUGUAAAGUGGGUCUUUGUGAUUGGGAAUAUCUGAAAAAUAAACUUGGUGACAUCGCUAGUCAAUGUAAUCCAGACAUAUGUGGAUCUGGAUCGACGUCCUUCUUUAAUCGAUCAAUAGUUUACUCAUUACUAACAACUGUAUUAGUAUUCAUCUGGUUGAUAUAAAUUAUUCA